AUGGCGCCUCCGCUCAAGAGGAUUCGCGACGUUAUUCGCAGUUUCAUCGAAAGAGAUAAAACAGAAGACGCUGAGCUAUUGAAAUUGGCCAAGGAUCUUGAAAAAGAAGCCCCACUCCCCAGUCUCGCCAUCUCGUCCCUGAAUUUAGGAGAUGUUCAAGUCAUUCUAAAUCUAAAGUUCAUUCGAACCGACCCAGAACUCAGCCUUGUCCCAUCGAUCCCACUCACCCCCGCACUCAAUGACCAGAUCGAGCUGAUAGAUGAAGUUCUCAAUAAUAGUGUUUCGAAUGAAGCCAGCAUUCGAUGGAAACUCAAUGCCUUGAUGAUGCACGCUCACCGGAUGGCCACGGCGGACAAAACCGCUUCCAACCAACCAAUCAGUAUUCAGACUGAAUCGCUUUUCUCCAUGGGGCCAGUAGUGCAUGAUGAACAACAGUGGACUCUCACAGGACGACCCGAUUACACGGUCUGGUAUGGAAACAAGGAUCAUGUGUCCCUGAAUGUGGUCGUAGUUGAAGCAAAAUGUCAGCAAAGGGGGUUGACCGGCCUUCCCCAAGCGCUCGCGUAUAUGGGUGUUGUCCAUCACCAACGCAAAAAGCUCGGCAAGCGUGACUCUACCGUUUAUGGUGUCACCUGCGAUGAUGUUGAAUUUCGAUUUUUGAAGUUGAAUGAUAAUUCGGAAUGGUCAGAGAAGCACGUCACAGCGCGUGAACAGCAGUAUGAGCAAGCCUUCGGUCUCCUUGUUUUUCUUAUGAAGAAAGCACUUUCACUCUCCCCGAUUCACUCAAAAGAAUCUUCUGCUCAGACAUAUGAUACGCAAGGAUCGAGUCAUGCCUUGGGAUCGCAUGCUGAAGACCUUAUGGAUGAGCAAGAGUAG